AUGGACGCCUCCGUGGCGAAGCAGCUCAGGCGAGUCCGCACGCUCGGGCGCGGUGCGUCGGGCGCCGUCGUGUGGCUGGCCUCCGACGACGCCUCGGGGUGCCUCUUGACGGUCAAGGCCGCGGGCGCCGGUGGGGCGGCGCAGCUGCAGCGCGAGGAGCGGGUGCUGGAGGACCUCUGCUCUCCGCACAUCGUGCCCUGCCUCGGAUCCCGCACGGCCGCAGGCGGUGAAUACCAGCUGUUCCUCGAGUUCGCGCCCGGCGGGUCGCUGGCCGACAGGGCAGCGCAGAGCGGGGGCCGCCUCGCGCAGCCGGCCAUCCAGGCGUACACGCGAGACAUCACGCGGGGGCUGGCGUACCUCCACGGCCGCUCGCUGGUGCACGGGGACGUCAAGGCCAGGAACGUAGUAAUCGGCGGAGACGGCCGCGCCAGGCUCACCGACUUCGGGUGCGCGAGGUCUGUCCAGCCGUCCCCGUCGCGGCCGAUCGGCGGGACACCGGCGUUCAUGGCGCCGGAGGUGGCUCGCUGGGAGGAGCAGGAGCCGGCGGCUGACGUGUGGGCGCUCGCAUGCACCGUCAUCGAAAUGGCCACCGGACGCGCGCCGUGGACCGACGUGGGCGACGUCUUCGCUGCCGUCCACAAGAUUGGCUACACCGACGAGGUCCCGGAGCUGCCCGCGUGGCUGCCAGCGCAAGCGAAGGACUUCUUGCGCCAGUGCCUGGCGAGAGACCCCCGAAACCGGCCCACCGCAUCGCAGCUGCUGGAGCACCCGUUCCUUGCGUCCGCCUUAUGCGAUGGCAAUGGCAAUAAUGCCGAUCCGACCAAGCAUGACUGGACGUCCCCCAACAGCACGCUCAAUGCGGCAUUCUGGGAGUCCGACGAGGACGAGGACGAGGAGACCUCUGAACGAGCGUUCGAAAGGAUCAGCUCAUUGGCGAGUCACUGCACGGAUUUGCCGGACUGGGAUUUGGAGUUGGAGGAAGGAUGGAUCCAAGCGCGGGGAGACUGCUCCCGCGUCUCCGAGGCACCGGCAGCCAUGCUGACAACCAGUUUUGCCUUAGGGUGUGAAGCGUUGGAUGCCGCCGCCGCCGUUGUCGUCGUGGAAGGCCGCAGUGCAUUUGCUACAUGAAGUGCAGGAGUUAGAGAUGAUUCUACCAUAUGCCAGAGACAUUCGCCUGUCCACGCAGGACGGCAGGACGCAGUGUAGGAUUUCUCGACGAUUUUGUUAAGUGCCAGAGACGUCCCAGCGCAGGAAUAGGCAGCAAUGUAGGAAUUACAGAUGGUUUUGCUGAGUGCAAGAGACAACCUAGGAUGAGCGCAGGCAGAAAUGUAGGGAUUGCUGUUGAUUUUGUCAAGAGGGAGAGACAUUUUAGGGCUACUGUAGACAGCAAUGUAGAGUAUUUGCGCCCGGUUGCCAGUCACCGGGGCGAAACUGGGGAGCUCCUUUGUCUUGUCCUUGUAACCGAGAGGUAGAAGAUAAAUUCGA